CAAUGCGCGGCUAUCACAAUAGUUACGGUCAGGGGCUUGCUUGAGUCACAUGAUCAGAGAUGGCUGCGGAGAUCCGUUCCCGGUCUCCGCGCGGCCCCGUUCUCCUCACUAAGAUCCCCGGGCACAGGGAACAGGUGGCUGCGGCGAGUUUGAUUCCGCGGGAGGACGGCGUUAUCACUGCCAGCGAGGACAGGACUGUUCGAGUAUGGCUGAAGAGAGACAGUGGGCAGUAUUGGCCAAGCAUCUAUCACACAAUGUCAUCUCCCUGCACUGCUCUGCGCUACCAUCAUGAGAGCAGGAAGCUUUUUGUGGGCCAAGAUACUGGUGCUGUAGUGGAGUUUAAUGUCUCGGAAGACUUCAACAAAAUGAAUUUUAUAAAGACAUACCCAGCGCACCAGAAUCGGGUGACUGAAAUCAUCUACUCUCCGGGGACCCAGUGGGUGAUCAGCACAGGGCAUGAUAAAUUCCUCACAUGGAUGUGCUCUCAGAGUGGGUCACAAAUGGGCAGGCAUGGGUUUGCAUCGUGGGCUUCCUGUCUGCAGUAUGACGAAGAUACAAGAUAUGCCUUUGUGGGAGAUUUCUCUGGCCAGAUCACUCUGCUCAAAUUGGAUCAAAACAGCUGUUCUGUGAUAUCAACACUUAAGGGUCACGAAGGAAGCAUUUCUUGUAUGUACUGGGAUCCAGUCCAGCGGUACCUAUUUUCCGGAUCCUCGGAUCACAGCAUUAUCCUGUGGGACAUCGGAGGGCGUCAAGGACGGACGCUGGUCCUCCAAGGACACCAUGACAAAGUACAGGGAGUAACUUACGUGCAGCUGACACGGCAGCUGGUCUCCUGCUCGGCUGAUGGCGGCAUCUGUGUCUGGAACAUGGAUAUUGAUAGAGAAGAGGCACCUCAGUGGCUAGAGAGUGACUCCUGCCAGAAAUGCUCCCAGCCGUUCUUCUGGAAUAUAAAGCAGAUGUGGGAUACAAAGACAGUAGGGUUGCGUCAGCACCACUGCAGGAAGUGUGGACAGGCUGUGUGUGGAAAAUGCAGCUCUAAGAGAUCCAGCUACCCUAUUAUGGGAUUUGAGUUUCAGGUGCGGGUCUGCGAUUCCUGUUAUGAGACCAUCAAAGAUGAAGAUCGAACACCACUGGCCACUUUGCAUGAAGGAAAGCACAACAUCUAUUACAUGACUAUGGAUGUAUCAAGAGGGCUGAUGGUGACCUGUGGGACUGACCGCCUAGUGAAGAUCUGGGACAUGACUCCAUCAGUGGGCUGCAGCUUGGCCACCGGCUUCUCCCCUCGUUGACACAAAGACUUUCGGUCGCUAUAAACAACGCACCUUAUGUACAGAUGUGUACACACAGGCUAACACCCCUCAGGUCACUGUCUAUUUGCGCUCCUUGUAUUCCAGCUCCUUUAAAACGAAAGCUUUGUAUCAGCCAGUGGGGAAAACGCUUCCAGCCCAAGGUUUGAUUUACAGGGAGUCAUCUGCAAGUGAUCUUUGUCUGUGCUAGAUGCAUUGCAGGGUUAACUAUAAAUAUUAGCGGAAACGAGUAUAUUUAAUAACUAGACUAAAAUGUAGUUUCCCCUUUAAACCCAUCCUUUUUCCUGAAUUUCUGGACACAAUUAAGAUGAAUACCUUUCUGCGUGCAGUUUAACUGCUCUUGUUUACAAAGCACUACAGGGUAUUGGGUGUCUCAGGAGCACCAGGUCAAUGGAAGCCUCUUGGUUUAGAAUCACGUGAAACUCAACAAUA